AUGGGUGCUCAUGUUUCUCGUACGGAUUUCGAAUGGGUUUAUACCGAAGAACCUCACGCCUCCAGAAGAAAAGAAAUUUUGGCUAAAUACCCUCAAAUCAAGAAAUUGUUCGGCUAUGAUCCUAAAUUCAAAUGGAUCGUUACUGUUAUGGUAUUUACUCAAUUCCUCAUGUUCUACCUUCUCAAAGACUUACCUUUCUGGAUAGUGUUUCUUGCUGCAUAUUGUUUUGGAGGUGUUAUCAAUCACUCUUUGAUGUUAGCUAUUCAUGAAAUCGCUCAUAAUUUAGCAUUCGGACACGCUAGGCCAAUGGCAAAUAGGAUUUUGGGUAUAUUUGCAAACUUACCUAUUGGACUACCUUUCUCUGUCACAUUUAAAUAUUAUCAUUUGGAACAUCACAGGUAUCAAGGUGAUGAAAAACUCGACACAGACAUUCCGACAUAUUUUGAAGCUAAAUUAUUCUGCACAACAUUUGGGAAGUUUGUUUGGCUUCUAUUUCAGCCAUUAUUCUAUGCUUUCCGGCCAGUAGUCACCUACCCGAAGUCACCUACAUUACUUGAAGUUAUAAAUACAACGAUUCAACUUAGUUUCAAUGCUUUUAUUUAUUACUAUUGUGGAGGUAAAAUUCUUUUCUACAUGUUGGGUGGCUCUAUGAUGGCUAUGGGGUUCCAUCCUGUAGCUGGCCAUUUUAUAUCAGAGCACUAUAUGUUCCGCAAAGGAUUCGAAACAUAUUCAUACUAUGGUUGCCUCAAUUGGAUAACAUUCAACGUAGGCUAUCACAACGAACAUCAUGACUUCCCUGCAGUUCCUGGUUCAAGGCUACCCGAGGUCAAGAGGAUAGCUAGUGAGUAUUAUGACAAUUUGCCCCAGCAUAAUUCUUGGGUUUCUGUCCUUUAUGAUUUCAUCAUGGAUCCAGAUAUAGGACCAUACGCCCGAAUAAAAAGGAAGAGUCGUGGAUUGAAAACAUAA